ACUAGCUGUGCCCCGCGGUGUCACCCGCGGUUUGUUAGGGAUAUUUUCCUGCAGUAAAACGUAGCCUAUGUGUUAAUCUAGGGUGUCAGCUAACUCCAUAUCUAAUUUUAUUAAAAUCGCUCCAGCCGUUUAGUCGUGAAGAAGUAACAAACAUACACACUCACAAACUUUCGCCUUUAUAAUAUUAGUGUGAUAAAAUUUAGAAUAACUCUCUGAAACAGGACCUAAGAAUUUAUUUUUUACCUAGACAAUUACGAAAUACGUUUAGGCGGUAUGAUGUUCGAGAAAUAAACUACUCUUAUUAUAUCAGCAAAAAGCUGAUGUAUCUCAUGAAGUGUAGCCGCUCAGUGGAGUACAUAUGUACUCACGUCACAAACUAGAAUAGUGGUGAUCUCAUGGCGUCCCUCGCGGCCGCGGCCGAUAACAACAACACUGCGGCUUUGCCCUCCGCACCAAGAACGAUACCUCUAAUGAGGCGUGACCUUAACACAUAACAUUACAUCAAAUACACACCAACUUAACGCCAUCAUGAGGUUUAAGACGAAAACGAUGAAAAAAUACUAAUGUAAUAUAACCCCUGACAAGAAAAACUUCCAUGACAAAUCUUUAAUUCUUAUGAUAUCUUUAUAAAUUUCAUUUUGAUAUAUUUUCCCUUCAUUGGAAUGGAAUCUUUAACCAGCAUAAUGGACCAACCGUAAAGGUGAAGUAAAUCAGAUACAUAUUGUACCUCGACGUCUGGAUUCCACUCUGGUAUGUAAAUGCACAAUAAAUAAUUGAAGAGGAAAACACCUUUAUCAUUCAAACCCCUAGACAAAACUGGCCUUGAGAUUAAAAGCACACAUCGUGCUUUUAAUCUCCCGUAAGUUAUCCCGGACACCUGGAGAUGUUACCAGCUUCCCGGCGCCCGUUACAACUCUCACUUUAAAUGGAAGCUGAGACGCUAAAUCGGCUACCACCAACCGGCCAUCACCUCCAGCCUUUUUCUUUCUUUUUUUGCUUAGUAGUAAUUAAUUUUUAGAACCAGGUAAAUUCUAAACCUCCCCAUCUCUCUCCUUUUUUAUUUUUUUUUGCCUUACAAUGGCGGAGUGAUGGAGUUCUGAACAAUACCAGCAACGGUGACUGACCUAAAUUUGUGACUUGCCACCGAAAAUUCAUGAUCGUCGAUGAAACAGUGUAUGAUAAACACAUAAAGCAUCGGUUAAUUGCUAGGUAAGCACCGUGACCAAUUAACGAAGCCGCAGCGGCCGCCGGCGCGCGCGCAUCGAGACCAAUUUCAUUUGAGCAAUUGGAGUAAUUGGCCGGCCUUCCGGAGCCUUUGUCCCCGUGCAAUCGUAUUCGCCUUCGUCUGCCUACCGUUUGCUCUUCUGCGAAAACGUAAUUGAUUCGAUUUGAUCUCAUGCCAUCUUAAUAAUAUCAUAUUACACCUGGUUAAGGCUCACAAAAAUUGGACUUUAACCAAAAAAAAUGCUGGCCAAAAUUUAAAUGAAAAAUUAAUUCAUUUCCUUAAGUUCCACUAUAAAGAACGGUUCUGGAGAAGUAAUAAUUAACAGAAAAUUAAAAAAAAAUCUUAACAAAAACAAAAAAAGCAGGAAGAAAUAAAGAAAUAAGUUCUUUAUUUAAUGUGUUUUUACUAUUUUCUAAAUUAAUACGUAAUUGCGUUGAUUUUGUAUACGAAUUUUAUUUAUUUGAAAAUGUUACUCUUAAACACCUUCUUUAAACUUUUCCAUUCUUUCGCUAUCAUUGAUUAUUUAGGUUCAUGUUUUUUUGACAAUAUUUUAAUUGUUAUUAUCUUUUGUGAACCAGGAUUAACAAUAUUUCCAGUGUGCUAUUAUGUAUUACGAGUUCACGUGUGUUAUGGUACAAAGUGUCUGAGCCUUAGCCACCUACUGUUAUUAACCUCUGGUUGUUGCGCCACGAUACGUAAUGUGGAUGACAUCUCCGGCCAUGACAAUGAUAAAACUAUCGACGGGCUGACGAAAUGCUGACGAAUAAUAAUUGUUCACUGUUCUCAUCCCACUUUCUACAUUACCAGUUUUGGUAUUAAUUCUAUGUAUAUGAUUAUUAUGUAUUUUUAUUAAACAAUGCCUAAUAAGGUUGUAUUGAGACGGGGAUCGCCCACGGACCGCGCGACCUUGCCGUAGGAUCGACCGUGCCUCCCGCCCACAUCACCGACCGGAUCAUUACCACGACACCUUAAGUGCUCACACAGAAAUAAUGACACCGUUAAGUAGCCGAUUAUUGGGGGACAAUUAACGCUCUUUUCUAAUCUCGAAGUUCUUUGUUUCGAAUUCAGUAUCUGCCCGGCUUUUAGAAAGUGUCGAGACGUAAGCUGCGUUGACAGCUGUCAGUGUGGUUCGAUAGACAGCGUCGCGAGCUCAGCCGCGAGGCUUUGUUUUGAGAUAGACGCCGUCGCCGUCGCCCAUUACCUCAGAUAACUAGAGAGCGCGGCGUGCGAUGCGAAAUGACGCGAAAUAUUUCCGGAGUUGGAGGAGUAUAUUCUAUUAAUAAAUGAUUCGGAGUCGGUCGUGGGCGAAGAUUUCGGGCGAGCGCGGCGCAGUAGCGCGCGAUCCGCCGCGGCCGGCCGCCGUACGCGCGCAACGAACGAACGACCCGCACUCCCGCGCACCACCACGCGACAACGCCAAUGAACACGCGAUCCGCUCCGGCAACCCCCCGUAAAGCAGCACGCUUGUUACCGACGGAUCGAACCCAAACGCUGGCACCGAGGGCGGUUUUAACGAACAUUAUCGACUAACAAAAUCGAAUCGCACGAAGGUGUCGCAUCGCAAAAAGCGCAACACAAUAGAGUAAGCGUCUAAUUAUAAACGUGGUGGAGUCAGCACCAACGAGAUGCAGAACAUCGAUCCGCUGGAGAUCGCCAACAUCCUGGCCACGGAGCUGUGGUGCCAUCAGUUGGCGAACCUCGAGGGCCUCCAGUCGGGGGUCCCGACCCGCACGACGGCCACCAUCACGCCGACGCAGCUGCGUAACUUCGAGCAGACCUACAUUGAGCUAGGCGCCUGCCGCGGGGAGCCCACGCACGCUGGCUUCGUACCCCCUUCCGUCACGCACGCCAACAACUACGGCAUCCUGAACCAGGUGGGGUACCUGGAGGCGGGCCCGCCGACGGCGCUGCACGUGUCGCCGGGCCCGCCCUCCGCCAGCGGCGACAGCAGCAGCAGCCCCGGCCUGCCCGCGCCCAAGCGGCGCAACAUGGGCGGCCGGAGACCUACCAAGGCACCGCAAGACCUAUCGCCCGAGGAAGAGGAGCGCCGCAAGAUCCGGCGCGAGCGCAACAAGAUGGCGGCGGCGCGUUGUCGCAAACGUCGUCUGGACCACACCAACGAGUUGCAGGAGGAGACCGACAAACUCGAAGACAAGAAGAGAGCUCUACGCGACGAACUGGACCGAUUGAGGGCGGACAGGGAUCAUCUACAGUCUGUCCUCCAUCACCAUUUAUCAGCGUGCCGUCUCGCUCGCACGUUGGAAGCUCCCGUUCCCGCGCCGAGUCCUCCCGACGUGAAGCCGUUCUCGUAUGCGUACGAACAGCUGCCUGAUGAAGCUGUCCGAGUUAAAGUGGAGGCGGUGGAACCGGUGGUUGUGGACCAUUUAACGCUGGACAGCGAUAUUUUCACCACGCCCCUUUCGGAGAAGAAGAUGAUGGUAUCGGCGGCUCACCCCAUAGUAGGAGGGGCGGAAGGCCCCGCCCUGGACACGCCCCCUAUUCGACCCGCCCGCCCCACUUUCCUGCAAGUGCCGUUACAUACCAACCCCGCACAGACGCACAAACUGAAAUUGUCCACCGUCAACGACACUUCAGACGCGGGCGUGGAGAUCAGCACCCCCAGCAACGGCAUCCCCUUCAACUUCGACAGCCUCAUGGAGGGGGGCACCGGCCUCACCCCCGUGCACCCCCACCCGCACCCCGUGCCCCUCGCGCUGGCCCACGCCCACGCCCACGCACAAGCCCACGCCCACGCCCGGCAAACGCAGCCCAACGCCAACGAUACGCUGGUCAGCUUGUGAACCAAAACAACUCUAAAA